GCGGAUCGCUCGCAGAUUGAUUGCAGAUUGCUUGCAGGUUGAGUUCAGAUUGACUGUCAGAUGGAUUGCAGGUCAAUCGCAGGCAACAAUGAUGGGUAUGGAAGCUGCAGUUAGAAAACUUCAGAAGUCACUGAAGCACGAUGGCGAAUCGUACUAUGUUCUAGUUGAUGGAAAUCGAGUUCCGAAGAGCCUUCCCAGCGAUAAGGCAGAGCCUGUUGUGAAGGCAGACUGGCUGGCACACAGGGAAGAGGAGAAGAAGGUCUACUGGGUCAUGGCCAUGAGAUUCCCGAUUGAUGCUUCAAUGUAUAUCAGAUCGGGCAUCGAAAUGGUCAUGGGGAAAAUAACUAAGGACUACGACAUAAUCAAUGACCCUAUAGACCCUAACCUCGGUAACAUCAAGUUCGGGUUACACCCCAAUGCUGAAGAAAAAUUUGUCCGCUCAUUGAAAGUGUUCACGGCCAAAGGAUACUUGACAGGGGAUCUUGUCAACAGCAACACCCCUUGGUGUUCUGGUUGUAAACGGUACAUCAGGCUGGAAGGCGACUGUUUGUGUGAAGACGAUGCUGAAGGUCUGGACAAGGCUGCAGAAGGUGCUGACUUCCCAUCUGGUCCCACUCCCAUGGAGCAUGUGGGACGUCCAGAGAAAGGGAAACAGCACACCUCAGCCCCUCCCUCCAAGUCUUCCUCUUCACAACAACAGCUCAAACCUGGCACUAAUCCCAAGCAUUCGGCAGACAAAGGCUCAUAUGGCAGAUCAGUUCAAUGGCUUAACCCGCAGUUACUUACCUCCUCAGCAGGCGCGAAACCGCAGGGUAAGAAGACUGGUAAUUACUCAAGGAAACAAGGUGAGCACGCUUCAUCCAACCUGGGUCUUCCCAACCAGUCCAAACCAGUAUCUCAGGGCCCCUCGUGGCUCCUGAAAAUUCCCACCAUCCCCGCUAGCAGCCAAGCAGCAUGCCCUCUCCCACCGAAGGGGCAUGGUCAAGCCAGUGCUGGAACAGUUCAAUCUGGAACGACUCGGCAGCUUGAUCCCAAUGACAGAUCCGGACAAGGGAGGAACGUCCCUCUUGCUGCAGGCGGAGCACUGACUGAUGGAAUGGACCUGGAUAGAUUCCUCAGAACCGGCUUUCCUAAAAGGUCGAGGCAGGAGGAAUCUGAGGAGGAUCGAAUGGAUGCCCCCGCUCGAGGGGAAGAGGGGAAGAGGAAUCAACAGUCAGGGGCACAUAUUGCAGUCCCUGUGCUGUUGAAGACUACCAACCAGGGACCGUACAUGCUCCUCCUUACAAAUCAGCAAGGUUCGAAUUUUUACUGGGCCCCGCUUAGUUGGUUCAAGGAAUCCAAUGAGAAGGAAAGAUUGAUCCCCGAAAUUGGGGAUGGGAUCAGAGUUACGGCGGACUGGAAGCCAGAAGAGUACCUAAGAAGGAAGCUCAGAGGACUCCACAAUGUCGGCACUCAUCGGUCAUUGCUGAUUGAAGCCAUCCCGGACUCCUGGAAGGAUAAGCUCUCCUCUGCGGCACAUGGAGAAGUCGGGUCCAGGUGGAGGGACCAGGACAACCCCAGCAUCUUCUACCAAGUUCUGAACACCAGCAGUGACAACUCAGCGGAGGUUUCCGUAUGGAGGCAAAGGAACAGCCUUUUGUACCGCAGUAAUACGGAUAGUGAGCACAUCUCACUGUCGAGUCAUCAGGAAGUGAGAGUUUCACAGACUACCAACAAACAAGGAAGACAGGUCACAAUGCCGCUCAAAGGCGGUUCUCCAUUCAGGGAUUGGAAACUGGAUGAGGUCAAGGAUUCCCAAGGGAAGCCGAGGACACUAACAGCAAGGGAUACCAGAUGGGGGAAUUGGUUGGAGCACAGGGUCUGGCAGAUCAAGCACUUACGGUCCCAAAAUGACAAUAGAUGGAAGACGGGGAGGGAACUGAGAGCCACGAUGAAAGGUUGCCAUAAGCUCACGGAGAAUCUAAACGACGUUCUAAUCUCCAUUCUGCAGGAAUGGACGCAGUUGUUGAGAGGGCUGUGCAAAUGGGAGUGGGGUGAUUGGGCGACCUGGCACAUAAGUGCAGUUCCAAAGCAGGCCUUCAGGGUGCAGCAGGAAGUGGGCCCCGAUAAACAGUGGCUGGAUGCAGAGAUGUUCGUAAUUCGUAAUCCGGGAAUCAUUGUGAGUCACCUGGAUAAGGAAUCCAAGACGGCAAUCACAGUUAAGAAGUGCCUGCUCAGGAAGAUCAGGGUGGUAGAGGAUGACGAAUUUACAGUAUUUGCACCCACGGUAGCCAUCGAAGAUUUGGAGUACGACACGGCGGAAUGGGCAUGGAAUAUUAGGGGUGGAGAGACACGAGUGGCAACGAGGAUCAACAUUCUCCGCUAUACAACGAGAAUGGGUUAUAGGCUGAGGAGAAGAUUGACCCAACUGGAUCUUCCCCUAGCCUUAAGAUGGGAAAAGAGGGAGGGGAUACCAAGAGACCAGGGUGAUGGAAAAUGCCAUGUCAUCGCAGCAGCAUCAAUAAUCGCCAAAGUCACAAGGGACCGGAUGAUGGCUGAAUUUGAUAGAAAGUGGCCGGAGUACGGAUUUAAAGCACACAAGGGCUAUGGAACAGCUGCGCACAUGGCAGCGAUAAAGACGCACGGGCCAUGCGAGAUCCAUCGCCGGACAUUCGCUCCCAUCAAUAAGUAUGUGUGAUUUCGGCGGGAGGAACUGUGGCAGCGGCUUUGUCCGCACAUCCUUCGGUGUGGCUGUCAUUGGAUAUU